CUUCGGCGGAAGGAUAGGAGUGAGGCAAGUCGAGAAGGGAGAAGACAGUAAGGGACAAGAUGAGUAGCGCAAGUGGCUCAAAGACGUCGGGCGGCGGUGGCGGGAAGAAAGAGGCGAGUGGUUCAGGGAGUGGUGGGCCGCCCCCGUCAUAUCCACGAAAUCCAAUGGAGGGAAGAACAUGCUACAAGUGUGGCGACCCGGACCACUUUGCAAAUGUAAGCAAAGAGUAUUGGGAAGCGAAGGAGAGUAACAAACCCUUCGUACCCCUGCUGCUGGGCAUAGGGCGGACCGGGCGAACGAUGGCGCCGGGCGCCGAGCGGAGGAGCCUCUCAGCGGAUAGGUAUACAGCACGAAGCGAAUCAGAUGAGACGAAUACACUGAUGAGGGAGUACUUUGCGCGUAAGGAACGUGCGAGAGUUGAGAAGAUCGAGAAGGAGGGGCGAGAGAAAGCUGGAAGAGAAGCGGAAGCUGCGAAACAGGAGAAGGCAAGGAGGAAACUGGAAAAAGAAGCAGAGAAGAAGCGAGAGCAGAAGGAACGGGACGAUCAACUGUUGUACCUGGUUAGGAUGGAGAUACGGCAGGAAACAUGAAAGAAGGACGAGAGUGAGGAGCUGGAACCAAGAAAGUAUGACACAAAAGCGAGGAGACCUGUGAAGACCAACGAG